AAAGCGGAAAAAAGAGAGCCGCAUUUGCGCAUGCGGUUGUGACGUCAGCGCGGCAGGUGCAAAGAGCCCAUUGUUUCUGAAAAACGCAGGGGUUCACCAACUCAAAUUUAAGAUGUUUUAAGACAACCAGGAAUUAAAUUUAAGACCUGUAUCACAACAUAAACUUACAAAAGAAAGUUGCAUAUUUUUUUUAAUAAUAGUAAGCAAGUAGUAUAUCAUGGUCUGGCUAACUGGCAAUAAGUUACACUUACGCAAAAAAAGUUUGCUAGCUAGCAAGAGUUUCUUAGUGGCUAGUUAGCGGAAGCCUCUUGAGUCACAAAUUGCAAAGAAGAUGUUUAAGGUUCAAACCUUUGCCUGACCGAAAAGUCACCAAUAAAAACUGCCUAUACAAAAGCUAAUAGGCCUGCCACAACAAAAGACCUGGGAUUAACUUAUUUAAAGUCAACUUCAUUUUUAAAUGAAGACAUUUUAAGAAUGCGGAUUAUGACAGACGGGUGUGUUUUUCAUUCUUCUUUGCUUUCCCUUUCCGUCAGGAUAGCGUGUGUGAGCUCGCCCAGCGUCUACCAGAAGCUGAAGCAGGGCAUGGUGGACGGCUCCGGCAAGGUGUCGGCCGUCGUGCUGGAGUACGACUGCCGCUUCGCUGCCUACGCCGACGACUUCAUCUUCUACGACUACAACGAGCCGCUGUCCCUCCCCUCCGGCGUGGCGCCGCGGAGCUUCGACAUCGUCUUCGCCGACCCGCCUUACUUAUCCGAGGAGUGUCUGAACAAAGUGGCCCAAACCGUCCAGUACCUGAGCAAAGGCAAAUUGCUGCUGUGCACAGGAGCCACCAUGGAGAAUGUUGCCAAAGAACUGCUGGGGGUAAAAAUGUGCAGCUUUUUGCCCUUUUUGCCCUAACACAUACAUUUACAUUCCACUCAAUUAGGAGGUGAUUUUUGUAUUUCUAAUGUAAGUUUUAUACCAAAACAUAUUUUGAUAUAUCUCGUUAUUGUCACCCAUCACAAUACAUAUUGUGAUAUGAAUUUUAAGCCAUAUUGCACAUCCCUUAUACAAAGUCAAAUUUCUUUUAAGCUGUUUUGAUAUAUACAGCAUUUUUAUAACAACUGAAGGUGACAGUUUCUUGGCCGUGGUAUAAAAUGGCAUGAUGUGACUUUAAAAUACAUAAUGCACCCUUCUGUCGCCUUUAACAGCAUUUCAAGAAACUUUUCUAUUGUUUCUUGACGAAUAAAAAACAAUUAAAACAAAAACAGCUAUAGCUCUGGUGUAUGGUUACUGUAGUGCUAUUAUUAUAUCUGUGUAAACGUGUCCGUGCUUACAUGUAAGUUCAGAUCUUGUACGACUCCUCUAACCAUGUUUUAAAUGAAUGGAGAUGAUGUCAUCACUGUUGGAUAAUUAUACUGUGCCUCAGGUAGUUUCCUUAAAAUGUUUAAAGCGGUACCAUUCAAGUCUCUGACUAGCUAAAAAUGGUACUUACUAAGAAUGAUUCAUCUGCAUGUGUGACCAUUUUUCGUCUGCUCAGUUCUGUUAGGUUCAUUAUGUUUUGUCAUUGUUGGUGCUGAUCAGAUCCUGGUCAUAGAGAGAGGAAGGUAAGGAGUGGGCGUGCGCGUGUGUGUGUUUGCGUUACACCUGAAUGAAUGUGUGACUCCUAAAUGAUGGCGAAUUGGUUAUCUUUAGAUCAAAACUCCUGAGGGUGUUGUUGUGUUACCCUUUCUUGUAUCUUUCUCACAGUCAGCAGCCCACACACACACACACGCCUGCAUACAUAAAAUAACACUUGCACUGUAAGCCAAUUGGGUAUUGAAGCAUACAGUCCUUUGAUAUAAGAACUGGGUAUAAAAACUUCCUCUCACACACACAAAAGGUAACACCACGGUAUUGAUAACAGCACACACACAUGAGUGAUAGUGGGCUGUUGCUGUUACUUCCUCCUGCACAGCAGAAACAGACUUUUCCCUGCAGGCAUGUGCAGUGAAGACUGAGCAGAAACCAUUCAUCUUCUGAUUGACAAUAUAUAGUAAACACAAGCUCAAUCCAUUUAGUCUGUGGUGUCAGAAUACACACAGUUUCUAACACAAAGUAGGCAGUGGCUGACGUCCAAUCACGAGGCUGUCUGCUUAGUUAGGUGAGUUUAAAAAACAGAAAAUUCAAUAAAAAAAAUAUAUUCA